AUGAAGUUGUUGGCUGGGAUUAUCAAAUUAAAUCUGGUAUCAACGCCUUUUCUUCCCUCCCAUUUUCUCAAUCAACAUUUUCAUUUUCAUUGCACAUUUUCACGAGAGGUAUUUACACCCUUGCAAGAAAAAGGCUGUGUUAGUGUUGAAAUAUACAAUGUUCUUAUGGAUUCUCUUCGAUUGAGUGGUGAAGUGAAGAAAGCAUUAUCACUCUUCGAUGAAAUAAAGGAGAUAGACAUGAAGCCUGAUUCGCCAACAUAUAACAUAGCAAUUCUAUGCCUUGUUGCUCGCGGUGAAAUUCAGGAGGCUUGUGUAUGUCAUAAUAAGAUCAUUGAGAUGUCUUGCAUUCCUUUUGUGGCUGUUUAUCAUCCCCUUGCUAAAGGUCUUUGCGAAAUAGGAAAGAUUGACGAAGCCAUGAUGCUUCUUAGAGAUUGCUUAGGCAAUGCUACUAAUGGACCUAUGGAGUUUAAGUAUUGUCUUACCCUUAUUCAAAUAUGCAAAUUUAAUGAUGCCGAAAAGGUGAUUGAUGUAUUGAAUGAGAUGAUGCAACAAGGUUUCCCUUUAUGCAAUGUUGUAUGUUCUGCAAUCAUCUCUGGCAUGUGCAAGCAUGGAACAAUUGAAGAGGCCAGAAAGGUUUUCUCAAAUUUGAGAGACCGCAAAUUGUUGACUGAAUCUGAUACUAUUGUGUACGACGAAUUACUAAUUGAUCACAUGAAGAAAAAGACAGCGGACUUGGUAAUAUCAAGAUUGAAGUUCUUUGGUCUAGAGUCUAAACUAAAGUCAAAGGGUUGUAAACUAUUGCCAAGUUGAAAACUGUUAUGGAAUUUUCUUUGGAGACUAGUCAGGACAUUCUCCAACCAGCGGCAACUUGAGGAAAAAAGGUCUGAUGAUUGAUGUUACCCGCCCUGUAUGUAAUUCCAAUCCUGACCACUUGUUUAUGCACUGCACUGCUGCAAAGCUAGUCUGGUUUGCUCGCUACUGAGAGCUCAUGUACCAAGUGAGACUAAUAA